UUUUGCUCUGUUGAUCUUGCUUUGCCUUUUUCAUUCUUUCCCACAAAAUCGAUCAUGGAAUUAGCAGAAGAAUGCUGGGAAUCGAUUUUCAGUUUGUUAGAACACCAUCGUUACUUUGAACCUCUUUCUUUGGUCUGCAAGAGAUUUCUUUCCAUUACCAAUCUUCUUCGUCGCACUCUCACCAUCACCGACCCAACCCUCGAAUCCCUCCCUAAUCUCCUCCUCCGCUUUCCGAAUCUCACCACCGUCGUUUUCCGUGAUUUCCACGGCAAUCUCGAUUCGGUUCUUUCCAUGAUUUCUCAGUCUGGGUUGCCCUUGAAAUCCCUCCACGUUUCGAACCACAAGUGUUUCCCUCUACUGGGUUUGAAACACUUGGCUUCCAAGAUGAGGAAUUUGGUAGAAUUGAAUUGCUCCAAAACUGGGUCUCUGAAGGACUCCGAUUUGAUUGAGAUCGGGAAUUGUUUCCCUUCUCUCGAAGUGGUUGACAUUAGCUACCCUGACUAUGGAUGUGGGUUUUCCCCUAACGGUUCAUUGGAUUUCAAGAGCUUUUCUGGUUUGGUUACCGACUACGGGAUCCUUGGUUUGUCCUCGUCACUCAAGAAUUUGCGCAAGAUUGAUCUUUCUGGUAAUACUUUUUUAACCGAUCAAGCUCUUGUUAUUUUAUCAUCGAAUUGUUUAUUCUUGAGUGAAAUUGGGAUUCGUGAUUGCGAUUUCAUUACCCAGAACGGAAUUGCUUUGGCUAUUCGUAAAAGUGACAAAUUGAAGUCGAUUUUCAUGAAUGGAAUUGGAAUUCCUUCCAUAGAUGCAUGUUUUUUGGAUUCCUUUGCGUAUGCCAGAAGCUUAAGUGAGCUUGAUCUCUCCAAUUCGUUUAUAUCUGAUGAAUUGUUGUGUUUAAUAGCUAAAGCUAACCUUCCAUUGCACAAGCUUGUUCUCUCUGGUUGCUUUUGUUUCACAUUUGAUGGGAUUUACUUUCUCUUGUCCAAGUACCCGUCUCUUUCAUAUUUGGAUCUUGAAGGAGCAAAUUUUCUCAAUGAUGAGUCCAUGAUAGAAUUAGCCAAGUUUUUUGAUAAUUUAACCUUUAUAAACCUUAGGUUAUGCUCUAAGCUAACCAAUUCAACCUUGUUCUAUCUUAUGGGAAAUUGUCCUUUGCUAACAAUUAUCAAUAUGGAGAGAACAAACCUCGGGGUCGAAGCAUUUCCAGCUGAAAUUGUGGUGAAUCCUCGGGUUAAGGCAUUGCAUUUGGGUUGGAAUAACAAUUUGAAUGAUGAAUGCUUGAAAAUGGCUUCCUGUGUUUGCCCCAGUUUGGAAGCACUCAACAUUACCUACUGCUCGGGUGUCACCAAGGAAGGCAUCUUGGAGAUUUUGAAGAACUGUUUGCAGAUUAGGUGUUUAGAGAUAAGCAAAUGCCAAGGGGUUAAUAAUCUCGAAUUGGACUUUGAACUUCCUAAACUAGAGGUUUUGCAAGCAGAGGGAUUGGCAAUUGAUGACGAGUCAUUGGCUUCAAUCGGGAAGCGGUGUGGGCAGCUAUCCCUUUUGAAUUUGGCAGGUUGCUUGAAUGUGACCGCCAGUGGAGUUGGAAGCGUGAUCAUGAACUGCAAAACAUUGAAAGAGAUGAACUUGAGAUGGUGUAAUAAUGUGAGUGUAGACAUUGUAGCUUGGAUGGUGCUUUCGAGGCCAUCUUUGAGGAAAAUUACACUGCCAUGUGCUUCAGUUCCUACCGCUAACCAGAGUAAUUUCUUCUUGCGCCAUGGAUGUUUGGUUUGUCAGGGCUAGCUAGCUUUUCGAAAGAAGUGGGGAAAUGCGUACAUUUAUGUUCAGAUUAUAUAUUGUAAAAGAAUUAAAUAUCAA